AUGGUUUGCCCCUCUCAGCCAAAAACUUCCCUGAAAUCAUCAUCUACUAGCUUAAACUCGAUGAAGCUGAAGAGCCUAGUACAAUCCUUCAUAUUCUCCCAUGUAUACCGAGCUAUAGCGAAAGCGAAAUCAUUAUUAAUUCAAAUUAUGAAGAAUGUUCAGUUAGUUCAUCAGAACAAGAAGAAGAAUAAUGUGAAGUUGUUUCUUGGUUCAUUUAGAUUGCAUUAUAAUUGGUGUUCUUCUCAUGUGAUGCCAGUGCCUGUUCCAACUGCAUUUGAUGUUUAUUAUGAUUCUACAUGGAAUUCUAUUAUAUCUACUGCUUGUGAUGAGUCAGAACUCUCUGGCUAUCUUCAAUGGCUUGAAGACAAGGACAAUAGUAAUAAUGAUAUUGAUAAGCUUGCUGAUAUGUUCAUUGCAAAUUCUCAUGAAAGGUUUAGGUUGGAGAAAGUUGAAUCUUAUAGGAGAUUUCAAGAAAUGUUGGCUAGAAGUGUAUGAUCCAAUAUUAUUUU